GAUGUAAAAAACUUGAGGGUGUUCCAAAUUCUAUUUGUGAGUCGCCUUAUCUCAAGGGCCUUCAUCUUGACAACUGCUUGGAAAUACGAAAAUUGCCAAAAGAGAUCGGAAGCAUGGAAAACUUAGAAGAGUUAUGGCUAGGAUUUUCUUACUACUACACAGCAUUAGAUAGGCCACGGGAGUCCCUUAAUUUUUGUUCUUUUACAAAUUUGUGUCGCUUGAGAAAAUUAGAUCUCAGUUGGAGACAAAUGGAAGAUGAAGACUUCCCCAGUUAUCUUCAUGAACUUUCCUCCUUGGAAGAAUUACAUCUAAGUGGCAACUCUAAAUUAGUCCAAUUACCUCCAAGCAUCUCUCUCCUUUCUCAUCUUAAACACCUAGAGUUGAAUGAUUGUCGGCAACUUCAAAAUUUUCAUGCGCUUCCAUCCGAGAUACAAGUACUGAGGGCAAGCAAUUGCCCAGAAUUAGAAAAGAUUGGAGAUCUUACAGAAGAGUAUGUGUGGCUGUAUAAGAUAUGGCUCCCUGGUUGCAAGAAACUGCUAGAGAAUCAAGAGGACAGAAGAUGCCUCGAUAAGAUGUUGCAGCAAUCUUUCCUUAAGAAAUGUGCUGCUGUAGAUCGCCGGUUAAGUAUCGCUAUUCCUGGAAGCAAGAUUCCAAGUUGGUUCAAAGAGCAACAUGGAAAUCAAAUAGAACUGAAGUUGCAUCAGGAAUUCCGUACAAAGAUCAUGGGGUUUGCUGUAUGUGGUGUGUUUCAACAUAAGUGGCUAUUAGACUUUGUCCCUACUUCCAUACAUUUUAGUAUUGGAAAGUCUAGAAUAUCAUUUCCUAAGUCAAUGGUUGAUGAGGCAAAGGUUGAUUAUAUUGAUGCAUCAGAGGUAGCUGAGAAUGGAAAUGUGUGGAUUGCCUAUAUACCAUUCAGUUCCUUUCAGCAACAGAUGGUGGAUGAUUUCGAAGGCAAAGAUUGGUCUCUUUUCGAUAAAGAUUAUCUUACUAUCAGUAUAAUAAUACGAGGUGCUCAAAAAGUUGAAAGAUGCGGGGUACAUGUAGUGUACGAAGAAGAUGUGGAAUCGACCCAACAAAUUAAAACUUGCAUACCUGAUUAUCGAAACUCAGACAAUGUUUUGCGCUAUGACAAUACUUUUGUGUACAGAGAAACGCUUAGAACCAUCGAUCGGUAAACUCCCUGCGUACUAUAUAUUUCACGUUUGUUAUAUGUUGUUGGGUUC